AAUCCCUUUUUGACUAUUGUCUUUUAAUUUGGGCCUUGGCUUGAACACCUUUUAGAGGCCAUUAUCACUAGGGUAGCUAAGCAGAUUCUGGGAACCCCGAAACCUGUGUAGGUGAAACCUUGCUGCUUCUGUCAUCAGUCUCAUUCUCCCUUUCUGUGCUGUACUAACUUGUGCAUGAAGGAGAACAAGAUGAUGCCCUCUCCCACACAUCUGACUACUGCUGGUUUCCCCCUCCCACAUCCCAGGCACACCUUCUUUCAGGUCCUCGUUCUCCUCAGGCACGGAAGGGAACAGAACUGGUGUGAUUUUGCUGUACAGGAGGACACCAAACAACACUAAGGGACAUCCAUGUGGGUUCCUCAUCUCCUGUGCCCUAAGGGAAACAGUUCUGCAGGGUGCUUCGUUUCCCAUAGAGCGCAGGAAGGCUUUGAGAGAAGGGUCAGAAUGGCUGGUUCGUGCAUAGGCCAAACUCCCCUGGCUAGAGCAAUGCAGCAGAUGUGGAAGCUACUGUGGCUCUAAUGCAGUAGCCCCACUGUUGUACUAAGGGCAAGGGGGCAGAUUCCAUGUGCACCUAGCCCCUGUGGAACUAGCAUGUACAGUCCAUAUUUCACUUCCACUGUACCCUGAGCUAUAUAUGAUGUACCACACUCUUAAUUUUAGUACUUAGGAGUUAAUUUUGUUCUAAUAAUGGUGGAUACUGUCUCUUAUUUCUCCCUCCAUUAAAGCCCUUCCCAUUUACGCUAGCUGGAGUGAUACUUGCAUAGCAAGAGGCUAAUAUGUGAUGUUUAACCACUAUCCCUAAAAACUGCUAGCCAGAAUUCUUGCAAAACUAUUGAGUACGUUCCCCUUCUGGCUUUCAAAAUGAGUGACAGCACUUCAGUUCAUAUAAUGGGAGGCGAAGGCUGGAGUUUCUCACGAAGGACGUGGUUCGUUUCUAAUAAAAGCUUAAGCUAAGAAAUGGCAUGUGGCAUUUUUUAGGGCCUAAAAUAAAACUUUCAUAGAAUUGAUUUAGAAAACUUUAUUUUCCCUGCUUCCUUAAAGGAACCGGAAAGCUGAAAAAGAGGAGGAGCUGAAAAGAGGUGGUACUUGGCUGGGAAUUUCCCCAUUGCAGGCAUAUGAAUUGCCUUCCUGUUCUUCCGCAGUCUAGGUUCAACCUCUCCUAGAGUUUACUUUUUUUUUUGCAGGGGAAGUGGAGAGUCAGCAUGGCUGGACGAGGAUUAGCCAAAUGUGUCUUCUCUUCUUUUACUGCUGUUUUGUUCUUCCUGUUGCUCUCUGCUAUGCAGUGUUCAGGGCUGAUAUGUGGACAAUUUGAAUAUCCCUUACAUAAAAGAUGCUGCAGGGAGUGUGCUCCUGGUGAGGAAAUGAAAAACCGCUGCUCGCCAACAUCAGAAACUGAGUGCGUCCCCUGCCAACGUGGAUACUAUAACUCAAAGCAUAACUACUAUUCGUGCAAAAGCUGCACCAUCUGUGACACAGAUAGGGGAAGCAUGGAGGUGAAGAAGUGUGAUAAGAUAUCAGAUACAGUUUGCAUGUGCAUGAAGGGUUACACCCCAUACGACAGCAGAUCGUCAGAGCAAUCCCCAUCAGGAAAAGAAUGCUUCCCUUGUCCUGAUGGGCAUUUUUCCAAUGGAAACAAUGACAGAUGUCGGCCCUGGGUCAACUGCAUCGCUUAUGGUAAAAAGACUCUGAAAGCUGGGACAAAAACAGAAGAUGCUAUCUGUGAUGACCAGGACAAACAGACCACCACACUCCAAACAUCCACCUUAUACCUCUCUAUCAUCAGCCACAGAAACAAUGGAUCUACUACAGCAUCCACCCCCUCCACAUCCAAAGACACCAUUUCCACCACUCCCGUUAAAAAGGAGAUUAACUGGGGGUCCUUAUCACUCAUUCUGAUUUGCUUAACGUUGCUCAUGGUAUCUGGAAUGUCCAUCCUCCUCUUGACUAUCCAGACGACCAAAAAGGAUAAGACAAAGAGGCCUCCUGGACAACUAGAUAGAAAGAGCUUUCGAAUUCCUAUCCAGGAAGAGCAAGUUGACUCCAAUUCCAGCCUCAUCAAAAACUGAUUCCCUGUUAUACUAUGUAUACUGUCGUCUGAGCCAGACAAUAGGAACUUAGCAAUGCAACAAAUACUCCCCAUGUAAAGGAAUAUUCCUUAUGUGUUGGUGCUCUUUCCAGGGCUGGCUGCACCUCUGUCUCCUUUCUGGUCUCUCUGAGUGCACCCACUCCGGUCUUAGGCCUCAUGCCUGUUCCUCUCUUGGGGUGGAAUCGUGUGAUUCUCCCACUCUUAGACUGAGACGUGGGCUAUAGUACCAUAGGUAUCAACUGAGCUUACCGAGCAGGUCCAACUGAGUUUGGACACCUACCGUUCUUCCCUUUGGGAGUUUGUGACCAAUGGUAUAUGGUAAGCAGACCUUUUAGAACCCAAAAUACUGUAUUUAGCAAUAGUAGAAUGCAUUCGAGAGAGGAUUUCAAAACAACAGUCUACCCCUACCAUCCUUUGGUGACCUAGGCAGGCCUAGCUUCUCCAGACCCCCAAGUGGUUCCUCUUUCCGAGUCUCAUUCCAGUCUGGUUUCCCUUUUGGCUCUCCCUGCCCCUGAGAGAGUGACCCCCUUUAAACCUUGCUAGUAUCCUUUGUUGUCUUUUGUGUUUUGUGGGCCUUGGCCUUUCCUGGUCAAAACCAUUUUGUAGGUCAUCUGGAGACAUGGAAACAGAAUCAUGGAAGGUAAUAACUCCAGCAACGCCUCUUAACCGUUUUUAAGUGUUUGUUGAGAGGUGUUGAUCUGGAGCCAUUCUGCUCCUUUCUGCCUGUCGGACAUCUGUUAAGCUAAACCAGUGUAUUCAUACCAUCCCAAUAACCCUUAUUAGAGGAUAGUCCAAAUCUGUGUGUCUAUGUAUAAGGGCAGAGUCUUUAUAUUCACAGCCUUGAGAGAAAGCAAAUUCAGAUACGUGGGGAGAAGAUUAAGAGAUGGCUGCUCAAAGAGAACAAGCAUGCAACUUGUCCCAAUUUCAGACUUCAGCAUUCGGCAUUUGCACUGCUACUUUACUGCAAACCCUGCAUGCCCAGUGUACACCCACUCUUGUGCUUCCUGUUUAUGUUCAUGUGCAUCACAAUGAAUAUCCUGUCAAGAUGGAUGUUUGCAGAUGGAAAAAAGAAGGUGAAGGAUGGGAACAGACGGCAUGAAAAGCAAAUGCAGAGACUAUGAAAAAAGGGAGGGGAGCGGAAGGAAUAGAGAAAUUCCAAUGAAAGC